UGCCCGCCGCUGUAUGGCAGAUCGAUCAGCCUCUCUCCUUAGUCUCUCUUGCCUUCUGGGCAAGAUGAUCUCUACUUACGAUAUAGUGCCGUGGGCCCGUCUCCACAGUAGGGAAUUACAAUGGUUCCUGCUCCCCCAUCAACGGAAGCGAUCAAGUACGUCCCUCAUCAGAGUACCUAUAGCCCCAUCCGUCAUAUCCUCCCUCAGGUGGUGGACGUCCUCGGCCUUGUCAGGAGCUUGCUGCUUCAGGGAAACACCGCGAGUAAUAGUCACCACGGACGCGAGCCUCCAGGGCUGGGGAGCUCACCUGACACAUCACAUGGCGCAAGGUCAGUGGUCAUCUUCAGAGCAACUUCUUCCAAUUAACCUCCUGGAACUAAGAGCCAUCCGUCUAGCCUUGCUUCAUUUCCGAGACCUUAUCGUGUCUCGUGACGUCCUUGUCCUUACGGACAACGUUACGGCGAAGGCUCACGUUAAUAGACUGGGAGGCACCCAUUCCCGAGCGCUAAUGGACGAGACCCUGCUACUUGGUCUCUGGGCUGAGUCUCACCUUCACUCCCUUCGUGCAGAUCAUAUCUCCGGGAUGGAGAAUUCGCAAGCGGAUGCUCUAAGCAGACGUCGGCUGGACAACGCGGAAUGGAGCCUCCCCCCUUCUCUCUUCAAGGAGAUCACGACACGCUUCGGGUUCCCAGAAGUGGACCUUUUCGCAUCGCAGGCCAAUCACCAGGUUCCGAGGGUGCUCAGGAAGAUCCUUCAAGAGCAAGCGGAAAUCAUUCUCCUCGCGCCCCGCUGGCCCCGGAGACACUGGUACUCGGACUUGAUCUCCCUAUCUGUCGCUCGGCCGUGGUCUAUUCCGGCCAACCAGAUUGCCCUCGUCCAGGGUUCCCUUCGCCAUCCGGAUCCGGCAUGGUUCCACUUAACCGCGUGGAGGCUGAGCGGUUCCUCCUGCAAGAGGCCAAGGUCCCCUCGUCCGUGAUAGACAUCAUCUUAGCUUCCCGCCGGCCUUCUACUGUCAGGAUCUACAACUCCACCUGGGCCUCCUUCUCCUCUUGGUGCCAGCGCGCUCGUGUUAAUCCCCUUUCUGCUUCAAUCCUGGACGUUUUACUUUUUCUCCGGGAGGGAUUUGCUGCCGGACUAUCUCCAAACACCCUCCGGAGGCAAGCUGCCGCCAUCUCUACGGUUCUGACUUGCGGCUCCGCAUCCUCGAUUUCCCGGCAUCCUGUCGUCCAACAAUUCCUGCGAGGAGCUGCAAAUUUAAGACCUCCUCCCGUUCAUCGCUUCCCUACUUGGGAUUUGAACAAGGUCCUCUCAGCUCUUACGGCUUCCCCCUUCGAGCCUCUUCGAGACGUCUCGCUCCGUUUCUUGUCAUUCAAGGUCUCUUUUUUGGUCGCUAUCACCUCGGCCCGCCGCAUUUCGGAGCUUGCGGCUCUGUCAUCUCGAAGGGACCUCUGCGUUUUUCACCAGGACAGGGUAGUCCUCCGACUGGACCCUUCCUUCAUACCCAAAAUCAAUUCCCCCUUUCAUCGCUCACAAGAGUUGGUCCUACCCAACUUCUGCCCGUCCCCUCAGCAUCCCUUAGAACGCUCAUGGCACACGCUUGACGUGCGUCGUGCUCUCAAAAUAUACCUGAGGCGCACUUCCUCCUUUCGGAAGACAGAGGCUUUAUUUGUCUCUUACCAACCCGCUUCUAUCGGGGCCAAGGCAUCUGCUCCUAUGUUGGGUCGUUGGAUCCGCGCUACAAUAUCGACGGCCUACCAAAGACAAUCCUUGCCUGUACCUCACCACGUCACUGCCCACUCCACCAGGAGCGCGGCGACCUCUGCUGCAUGGGCGACCCAGGCUUCGUGGGAAGAAAUCUGCAGAGCUGCCGCCUGGUCGAGCAUCUCUCCCUUUAUUCGCCACUACCGGGUGGACUCGUUUGCUUCUGCGGAUGCGGCCUUUGGGCGCAGAGUUCUCCAGACGGUCCACUCGACUUGAGGUAACAGGGCCCUUGAUCUUCCCUCCCAGCGGACAUUCAGCUUUGGUAUGUCCCCAGUCUGACAGACGUUCCUUACGCUGAGGAGAAUGGACGUUGGACUUACCUGAUACGUCCGUUCUCUCUUAGUAAGGAACGUCUGUCAGCCCCACCCUUCUGCCGUGCCCUGUUCCCGGGGGUGGGUGGUGUUCUCUUACCUCUCUUUUGUAUUUUCCAGAAAGACACCCCAGUCUGCGUCUACGCCCUCGCCGAAACACUGGGGAUCAUCCAGGAGAGGGCGGAGUUAUUUAAAUCCGCAGACUCGG